GUCGUUCCCCUCCCCCUACCCAUAAAAGGUCUUUCUUUCUCUUCGUAGAAGCUCAUACACGGCCGAAUUCCGCUGAAACCCUAGAAUCCCACAGCUCCAUCCUCCAUCAAUCCUCUGCUCCACUCGCAUCAGAAGCUGCUAUCACUAUACGAUCUUCGAUCUGCCAGUCUCUUCUCCUCUUCCCUGAGAGCUCCGAGGUUGCUUCGUCGCGAGCUUGUCACCUCAGGAUUCUCGUUCUAUUGAUUUUCAUUGGAAAGACAAGGCUUUACUGCAACCCAAAUGGCUACUUCGGUUGACAUGUCGCUCGAUGAUAUCAUAAAGAGCAAGAGAAACAGUGAGAGAACUAGAGGCCGUGGUAGAGGUCGUCGUGGUCGUGGACAAGGCAGGUCUUUUGGUGGUGGAAGAAUGAUAGGGGCUGGUCCAAGAGGUCCUCUCGCCGUGAAUGCUCGGCCAUCAUCUUACACCAUUGCCAAGUCUGUUCGCCGAAAAAGGAGCUUCCCAUGGCAAACUGAUUUGUUUGAAGAUAGCAUUAGAGCUGCUGGAAUACAAGGAAUUGAGAUUGGCACAAAGUUAUAUGUUUCCAACCUGGAUUAUGGGGUGACCAAUGAAGAUAUAAGGGAACUUUUCUCUGAAAUUGGGGACGUGAAAAGAUACGCUGUUCACUACGACAAAACCGGUCGCCCUAGUGGUUCCGCUGAAGUGGUGUAUACAAGGAGGAGCGAUGCGUUUCAAGCUCUUAAGCGGUACAACAAUGUACUUUUGGAUGGGAAGCCGAUGAAGAUUGAGAUUGUAGGUGCCAAUUCGGAAGUUCCUCUUUCUGCUCGCAUAAACGUCACUGGGUUAAAUGGCAGGACGAAGAGAACAGUUGUCAUGCCAGGGCAGGGUGGUGUUAGAGGGCCUGCCGUUCCUAACCGUGGAACUGGUAACAAGAGCCGACGAGGCGGCGGCUUGAACAGCAGUGGUGGGCGUGGGCGUGGGCGUGGGCGUGGACGUGGACGUGGACGUGGACGAGUUGGUGGCGGUGGCGGUAGGGGCCGUGGGAAGAAGCAACCUGUCGAGAAAUCUGCUGAUCAACUCGACAAGGAGCUGGAGAGCUAUCACGCAGAAUCCAUGAACACCAACUGAGCUUCAUGCGGUGGUGGGAUAGUACCUGAAGGAUUAUCGCUUUCUAGCAUUUUAGUUAUCUAGUCUUGAAAAACUGUUUGGAUCAGGAUUUGGUAUUUUUGCUUGUUCUAUGGGUGUCUCUUUCUCCAGUCCUCGUGUAUAUGUGAAAAGCUUUGUAAUCUAAUGCCUUGCCUUAGGAGUUAUCCGCGCACCUGUGUCUGAUUCCUUAGUUCUAAGGCCAGUAGUUUCUGACUUAGAUCCGUUGGGGGAUGGAAGGUGUUGUUUGUGAAUUAUCAUUUGUUGCCU